CAGCCUGGAAGAUAAAAAAGAAAAUCCAAUGGUUCAGCUUUUCUAUGGGACAUUUGUGGCAGAGAGAACACAUGAGGGCAAGACCUUAUCCAACAUCGAGCAGUUUGGCCAGUACCCCUUACAAGUGAACGGUUUCAACAACUUGGAGGAAUGUCUGGAAGGUGCCAUUGUAGAGGGGGAGAUUGAAGCCCUCCAUCCGGAUCAAACCGUUUCAUCUGGCAGCAAGAGAUGGUUCUCAAAGUUACCACCAGUGUUGACCUUUGAACUGUCCAGGUUUGAGUUCAACCACUCGUUAGGACGCCCAGAGAAGAUUCACAAGAAACUGGAGUUCCAAGAAAUCAUUUAUAUGGACAGAUACCUUCACAAGAACAAUGAGCAGACCCACAACAGGAGAGGAGAGGUGAAGCGACUGAAGGAGCAUCUUACGGUCCUGCAGCAGAAACUGGAAUGCUACAGAAGAUAUGGCUCCGGGCCGACAAAUUAUCCCCUGGCAGACAUGUUACAGUACAUGUUGGAGUUCGCCUGCACUAAGCCCACCAGUGUGUCCCCUGCUGAAGACCCGAGGCUGGCUGCCUAUUCCCCCAUUCCCCCCAGCAGCAACCCCCAGCACACAGACGCCAACCCUGACGAUACCAGUCAGUGUCAUGAGCCAGGAGACGCAGGCCCGUCCGACAGCUCCACCUGUCAGCAGAAGCACUCCUCGAGCCAGAGGAUGCCCAUCUACAAGCCCUUCACCCAGUGCAGACCCCCCAUGGAUGCCCCACCUCAUCCCGCCCCCCACAGUGUGACAGAGGAGGAGCUGCGCUUCGUCAAGACCUGCCUGCAGCGCUGGAGGACAGAGAUGGAGAACAACAUGGACGAGCUAAAGGCCAGCAUCGACAGGGUCAGCCAAGCGCUGGAGGGCAUGUACUCGGAUAACCGUCUGUGUCAGGUUCCGUACAGGCUUCACGCUGUCCUCGUCCACGAGGGCCAAGCCUUGGCCGGCCACUACUGGGCCUAUAUCUACGACCACAGCAACCAGUGCUGGAUGAAGUACAACGACGUCAUCGUCAGCGAGUCCUCCUGGGAGGAGCUGGUCAGGGACUCGUACGGAGGCAUGACCAAUGCCAGCGCCUAUUGUCUCAUGUAUAUCGACGACAGGCUGCCUCACCUAAUUGCAGAAGACACAGAUGACGAGACGGGCCAGGUCAUGCAGGGCAUGGAUUCUCUGCCAUCCAUCCUCGGGCGCUACGUGCGCGAGGACAACCACUGGUUCCAGCAAGAGCUCAGGGAGUGGGAAGAGCAGUUAUACCAGCCGCCACAGCAGGCGCCGGCCGCUCCCACAGCAGCCUCCACCUCCACUCGUGUUCCCAGUGGAAAAAAAGACAGGGCAGCAGAACCAGUCCCCCAACCUGGACCUGCCCAGGAACCCACUGGGGAGCAGGGACAGGAACCAGAGGCAGAGUUGGCUGUUAAACCGGCAGUAGAAUCUGAAAUUUCAGAGCCUGUCCCAACAAGCCAGCCCCAGUCCCCAGUACCUGUGUCCCUGGAGAACGCUGGCAGCAGCCCAGAGGAGAGCGACCACCAGGCUGUCACGCCAGAGCCCUGCCAACAUACCAGCGAGGACAAGGAGGGGCAGCAACACAGUCAACUCCCCCCACCACAGUUUCCCAGCCCUGCAGCAGAGAUGAAUGGCCAGGCCCAGACUGCAGCUGUGACCCAUGACCCCUCCACAGAGUUCACCACUGAGACCGACAGCGAGACUGGAGUCAGAGAGGCAGGGGCGGAAGCUGCGGCAGCGCCCGACACCCAGGCAGACAGCGAGGAUGGUCAGGACGCCCUGCCGGAGCCUUGUCGCCGGCAGCAGCAACCAGAGAACGUGGUGUUGGAGGUGGAGAUCCCCAACGUGGGCAGGAUCCUGGUGCAGGCUGACAAUGACGGCUACAAUGAAGAGAUGAUGCUCACUCCAGCUAUGCAGGGAAUCAUUAUGGCCAUAGCCAAAGCCAGACAGGCAUUUGACAAUGAAGGCCCUGAGGCUGGCCUCAUCAAGGCGUUCCAGGAGGAGUACUCCCGUCUGUUUGAGUUGUCCCAGGAGGAGACCACUGCCCAGCAGGACCCACGCCUGCACCACGCCCUGGUCUACUUCUUCCAGAACAAGGCGCCCAAUCGCGUCAUCGAGAGGACCCUGCUGGAGGGCUUCACCGACCGCAACCUCAGCUUCGACGACAGGUCCAUCAGUAUCAUGAGAGAGGCCCGCGCCAAACUACGCCUCAUCAAGCCAGAGGAUAUGGAUAUGGAGGAAUAUAUGCAAUGGCAUGACGACUACAGCCUGUUCCGGACAGUGUUUGUCUACCUGCUGACGGGCUUGGAACAGUAUCAGCAUGGAAAGGUGAGCGAGGCGCUGAAUUACCUCAACCACGCCUACAAAGACAACACCAUGCUACUGAGAAGAGGGGAGAAGAGAGGGGUGGAGCAGUCACUUAUCGCACUUUACAGGAGGAGAUGUCUCAAAGAAUUGAAUGACAAUGCGGCCACCCUGUUCAGGAGCAGCGAGGUGAGCGGCGUGGAGGAGGGCGUGAUCAUCAUGAACGAGGCGGUUAUCCCCUGCAUGCACCUGAUGAGCCGGCCGGACAUGAUCAGCCAGGAGGACCUGGACACAAUGGAGGCUAUCCGCAGCCACUGCUGCUCCUACCUGGAAGUGGACCUGGAUGACUCCCUACAGUUAAAGCUGGGUGAGUUUCUGCCCAGGGUUCUGGACUGCUCAACAGAGAGGGUGGUCUUAAAAGAUCCACCAACGGUGCGCUCCAAAGUGCCCCACGACUUGUGCAGCCGCCUGGCCGCCAUCAUGGAGUCUAUCACCAACACCUCCGUGGUCGCUGUCAAGUAAGACCAAGGGGUCAGAGGUCAGCUUCUGAGAUUAAUGGUCAGGACAGGUACGCUAGCUGACGAUCGCUAACGUUUUAUCCUCAUGUAGAGUUGGCAAACACUGGAUUUUUGCAUAGUAGUGCAAAGUAGUUUUUUUAUAUUACUUUUUAAUGUGCUUUUGCCAUAUUUUCUAAAUCAGAACAUUAAGUAGAUUCUGAGUGACUUGAGGCAGAGUUUAUAUUGUCAUAUGAUACUCGCAGACACACCAAGAGGAGAGAGAGAAAUGUCUAUUAUACAUUAAUAAGGUAUUAUUGCUUUGAACCUAUUUAGGUAUGUUUUAAGAAAGUGAAAACACAAGAAAUAAGACUAUUUUUUAUUGUUAGAUAUUUUACAUGUACCAUGAUACAUUAGGAUUGCAGUGAACAACAGGCUCUUGAAGAUUUAGGUGUUUAGAAAUUCAGCUUCCUUUGUCUUGUUUUGUAUUUUCCUGUUUAUAUAUGUAAGCCUUUCUUUCCACUCCUGUUUUCCACUUCUUGAAAACUGUGUUGACGCUCAAUAAACUUUCAAACUUUCUGUUCUUCUUUUCUGCUUGA